AUGGCACUUGGUGAAAGUAAUUUGACGUUUUGUUUUGUAGGUAAGCGUCGGUUGAUCGUCAAAAGUGAAACAACCGACGAUGCCACGAAGAGUAAUGUUAACGAAGAAGUCAAGAAGAUAGUUGUAUCUAAAAAAGCCAAAGCAGUUAAAGUUAAAACACCUACCAUUAACAUUGUUAUGGACAGAGGGAAAUUCAAAACGAUAAAAAGUCCUCGCGCCAUUCCUAUGUCCGAGAAAGACAAACAUGCCAAUAAUUUCGAAGUUGUGUUAGGAAAUUCGACCGCAACGCCGAUUCUAAGCCGCGAUGGGUUUACCUAUACAUGUUGUUUUUGUACGGAACACUAUGUUAAUCCAGCGGAACUGAAAACUCAUACGUUAUUGAAACAUAACAGUAGCAACGAUAGACGUGAAUUCAUGAAGAAACAGAGCUCGAGCGGUUACGUUCUCAAGCUUGAUAUAACUCUGUUGAAAUGUAAAUUAUGUGAUGUAGGCAUAGACACAGUAGAGGGCUUACUGGAUCACUUGCAAAACGAACACAAAAAGUUAAUCCAUAGGGAUGUAAAGAACCAGAUCAUUCCGUUCAAAUUUGACGGUGAAGAUCUUCAGUGCGCAAUUUGCCAUCUAGUCUUCAACAAAUACAAAAUACUAGUGGAACACAUGAAAACCCAUUACAGAAAUUACGUAUGUGAAGUUUGUGAUUAUGGAAGCAUUAAUCGGAGGGCGAUGAUAAACCAUAAACAAUCCCAUAAAACAGGUUCUUUCGAAUGUAACAAGUGCGACAAAGUUUUCCAAACAGAUCAGAAGAGGAGACAACACUUUUAUACAGUACACAAAUUUAUGAGUAUGCCGAACAAAUGUGGGAUUUGUAACGAGCGGUUUAAAAGCAGUCCCUUGAAGGACCAGCAUAUGGUUAGCGUUCAUGGAAUGUCGCCAAUCAUCCGGAAGUGUUUAUCCUGUGAUAAAACUUUCACGACGCAAUUCGCGUUAAGGAUACACACGAAGAAAUAUCACUUGAUGGAAAGGAAUUUCCCAUGCACGGAGUGUGAAAUGAAGUUCUUUUCCAAAGAUCAGUUGAAAUUCCACAUGUUGAAACACACGGGGCAGAAGGAUUUCCAGUGUGAUGUUUGCUUGAAGUGGUACACGAAGAAGUGGAUUUUGAAGGAGCAUAUGCGCAUUCAUAUGAACGACAGGCGGUAUAAAUGUCUGCAGUGCGGUCGGGGGUUCGUGCAGAAGUGCAGUUGGCACAGUCACAUGCGUACUGUACAUGGAGAGAUAGAUGAUAAAGCAUUGGCGUAG